UGUCAGUAUUUUUAACCUUACAUAGAAAGAUUUUGCUGUAUCACGAAUUUUAGUAAAUAAAUAAUAAUUAACAAUGACGAGUAACAAGCAAUAUGGUCUAAUCCUGCCAAAAAAGCAACAGGAGAAAACAGCACCAAAACUCAGCAAUGUUUUCGGAGAUGACAAUGCUUCCGACGAGGAUGAUGGCACUGAUUGGGUUAAAAAGGCUCUCAAGGCAGAAAGUGAGAAGAAUAAGAUGAAAAAACAAACUAAACUCGACAUACAAAAGGCUUUAAAUGAGGAUCCGACUAUCUAUCAAUAUGAUGAAGUAUACGACGACAUGGAGCGCACUAAAAGUCAAGCAAAUCUCACUAAACAAAUAGAGAAGAAACCCAGGUAUAUACAGAAUCUCUUGAAAACAGCAGAUCGAAGAAAAAAGGAGCAGGAGCAUAGAAUAGAAAGAAUGGUACAAAAAGAACGUGAAGCAGAAGGUGACAUGUAUGCAGACAAGGAAAGUUUUGUCACAUCGGCUUAUAGAGCGAAACUGGAGGAAUUUAAAAAAAUGGAAGAGGAGGAAGUCAGAAUGAAUAGAUUAGAAGCUAUUGGUGAUGUGACAAAGCAGCAAGACAUGUCAGGAUUCUAUCGUCAUCUGUUUGAACAGACUGUUGAUUAUAAAGGUGAAACUAAUGAAGAUGGAAGUAAUAAGACAACGGGAGAGGAGAUGGAAAAGAAAAAUUCAACCAGUAGCGCAAACAGAGAGGAAGAAAAUACAACAGUGGAUAAGAUAACAAAUACAAUCGAUGAGAGACAGAAAGUAAUUACAAAAUCGAAAAAAUCAAGACAAUAUAGGCAAAGAGCGAUAGAAACGUAUGAAUCGGACUCGGAAACUGAAACGAGUAAAGAAGAUUUGAAGAAAGAGCAAACCCUCACACCACCAGCAAAUGAAGACAUUGAUCAAUCGGAAAUACCACAAGAACCAGACAGAAAGAAACAAAAACAAGAUAAAAAUGAUGUAAAUAAGGUUGAAAACACAGAUACAAAAGAUAAAAACUCAAAUGUAAAAGAUACCGAAGUAUCUGAAGAUCACAAGGAAGCUAUUGCUUCAGAAAGCGAAAAAAUCGAGAGUAAAGAAAAGCCUGUUGAAAAGGAUAGAUCUUCCAUCUGGCAAAAGAGAACAGUAGGUCCAAUAUUUGAAGCAGCGUUACAAAGGUAUUAUACAAGGAAGGCAAAGAGAUUGGCUGCAGCGAGUUAAAUGUAGUUAAUUUCUAAUAAUUUUUUAAUUAUAUAAUACUAAUAAUAUACAAUUUCUUUUUUAUAUUGAUCAGGUAAUAGCAUAGAAAUAUUGAAUUUAUUAUAUUGACAAAUAUGUACAAAAGGUUGAUUUGUAUGUGACUGUAAAAAAUGUGUAUAAUGAAAAAAUUAUAAAGACAAAAUUCAUAGUAUUAGAAAAUUACAAAUGUAUUUAAAAAUAUGUAUUACAAUCCAAGU